AUGGAUGCAUCUCCUGUAGAGAGUGUCACGUUUCAUUUUGGUACACUCUUGGUGCCUAUCGCCGCAAAUCCUUUCGUUUAUGACUGUCACGGACAAAUCAGUUUAAAUUUAACGCCAACAGCUAUGGAUGCAGCAAAAUCCAAAUAUGACUACAGAAUCUUGCAUGAUUGCUCUCGAGAUCCAAUUCAUUAUGAUCGUGAGGAUGCUCUUGAUCUACAAGCAUAUCGUAUUGUUCCUCAUAAUCUGGAGUUCCUGAUCCGUCUUUAUGAUGAAACACAAAAUGAACCUGAAUCGACUGAUUGCACAAAAAAGGACGAAGAAGCAUAA